AGUUUGUGUAUAAAUAGUGUCGUUGGGUCUGGUUUGGAAACAGAAUCAACUUUGGAUUAAUCUAGCAGACAUCGUCUUGGAUCUUCUGGAAAAAUGAAAUUCUUUGUAAUUGCCUUUGCUGUGAUCGCAGCUGCCUCGGCGGCCUCCAUUGCCACGGAUUACCUGCCGCCAGUGGACAACAACCUGGAAUCUGCCUCCGAUCUCGUGGAGGUGCCCGCCGAGCAGGGAGUUCUCUCCGACGAUGGAUACCGCUACAAGACCGUGCGCCGCCUGAAGUUGCGCCACCGUCGUGAUGUGAACGAGCUCCCCUCCGGUGAAUACCUGCCCCCUGUGGAGGAGUCCGCCUCCGAGUCUUUUGGCGUCGAGACUCCUCUGGCUGAUGAUGGCUACCGUUACAAGACCGUCCGCCGUGUGAUCCGUCGUCGUCGCGACGUGAAUGAGCUCUCCGCCGAGUACCUGCCCCCUGUUGAGGAGUCGUCUUCUGAUGCUUUUGCCGUCGAGACUCCCCUGGCUGAUGAUGGCUACCGUUACAAGACUGUCCGUCGUGUGAUCCGUCGUCGUCGUGAUGUCUCCGAGCUGUCCCCUGAAUACCUGCCCCCUGUUGAGGAGUCCGCCUCUCAGGCUAUUGCCGUGGAGACCCCUCUUGCUGAUGAUGGCUACCGUUACAAGACCGUCCGUCGUGUCAUCCGCCGCCGUCGUGAUGUCAAUGAGCUCCCUUCUGGUGAGUACCUGCCCCCCGUUGAGGAGUCCGCCUCCGAGGCUGUUGGUGUGGAGACCCCUCUGGCUGAUGAUGGAUACCGCUACAAGACUGUCCGUCGUGUGAUCCGUCGCCGUCGUGAUGUGAACGAGCUGUCCGCCGAAUACCUGCCCCCUGUUGAGGAGUCCGCCUCCGAGGCUGUUGGUGUGGAGACCCCUCUGGCUGAUGAUGGCUACCGUUACAAGACUGUCCGUCGUGUGAUCCGUCGUCGUCGUGAUGUCUCCGAGCUCUCCCCUGAAUACCUGCCCCCUGUUGAGGAGUCCGCCUCUCAGGCUAUUGCCGUGGAGACCCCUCUGGCUGAUGAUGGCUACCGUUACAAGACCGUCCGUCGUGUCAUUCGCCGCCGUCGUGAUGUCAAUGAGCUCCCUUCUGCUGAGUACCUGCCCCCCGUUGAGGAGUCCGCCUCCGAGGCUGUUGGUGUGGAGACCCCUCUGGCAGAUGAUGGAUACCGCUACAAGACCGUGCGUCGUGUGAUCCGUCGCCGCCGUGAUGUCUCUGAGCUGCCUUCCGGCGAGUACCUGCCCCCCGUGGAGGAGGCCGCCUCUGCCAUCAUUGAUGUGCCCGCCGAGCAGACCGUCCUGGCCAGCGAUGGCUACCGCUACAAGACCGUCCGUCGUCUGAAGCUCCGUCGCCACUAAGCCGCCGAUUGUGUCACCUCCCACCGCAGCAUUUGAGAUUUUCGAGGAUAUUUUUCCAGAAGAAGUCCUGACUUUGACAGUCUCAAAGUGAAACUAACAAUAAGUCGAGCGUAUUAGUCAAUUUGAAUCCACUAUGAACAACCCGAGUACAAACCCGAACUAACAAUAAUAAAAACAUUUUUAAAACAAAAA